GGCCGUAUCAACACCUGCAGAUUGCUGCUGAGCUGUCCCAACGGAUCCAUCAUGAAAAAUGAAGCAGACGGGGCCGGUAUGACCGCCCUGCACCUUGCGGCUCAAAAUGGCCACCUGAAGAUCUUGACCAUCCUCAUUCAAAGGGGCGCUCUCAUUGUCCGGUAAAUGACCGACUGCUUAGUGCCGUUCCGCGUCGUUCAACCCUUACAGUUACAUCAGUUUUCUUUCCCAACAGUGCUACUGUACUUGUAUUUAGGCAGCAUGCAUGUCUGGGUUCUUUUCACUAGGACUAAACACUUUUAAUAAAGUAGAAGUUAUCCCUCCAAAGACAACACUAGCUUAAGCCUCCCAGCCGUAUAACGCCACCCCCCCCCCCCUCUUCCUGUUUCCCUCCGCAGGGACAAUAAAGACAACACCCCCCUCCACCGGGCGGCAGAAAACGGCCAUACAGCCUGCGUCCACCUCUUGCUGGCCAUGCACGGCGUCCUCCUGGACUGUCUCAACCUUGAUGGGGUAAUGUAACAGGCACGAUUCUCUUUGUUGUGAAUGCCUUGCCCCACCCUCAUCUCCCCUUAACCAACGACCUUGAGAGAACCUGGACUCACCCCCUCCCCCCCACUUUUUUCGCAGCACAACGUGGAAGGUUGUUUUUUUUUUAAUGUAAAAGUCUAAGUAAAAAUUGUUGCGUCUUGGGGUAUUACGGUUACCGCUAAUGCCAACCAUUGACAGACAGUGGUGUACAAAGGGGAAAUAUGGUCGGGGGUAGUGGAGGAGGUAAAUUUUUCGUGGAUAGAAGGAGGCGGCAAAAAUAUUAACCCACCCUGGACAGUACUAAACCUAUAGCUACGCCUAAGGUGCAAGCAAAGCAUUGGGCAAAGUCACGAAACGUAAACUGCAUUCAAAAUAAUGCAGCACUUCAAGAUUUAAUGUAGGCCCAUUUUUCUCUUUUUUUUUUUCCUUCCAGAACACGGCCCUGCAUCUGUCCGCCAGUAACGGGCACGCUGCCGUGGUCCGGAUGUUACUGACCGCCGGGGCUGGUCUCAUUUACAACGCUUCGGGGCGGGGGUUCUUUGAUGACGUCAUUAGCAAGGGUCACCUGUCAGUGGCGGAGGCGGUCGUCAAUCAUGAAAGGUAUCCGUUACUCAUCUCCUUAGUUUUUUGUUAG